UAUGGAGAGAUAAUAAUGAAGACUAUGGAAGUAAAGAUAAUGAAACUCUAAAUAAUAAUAUUGCAGUAAUUAUUAGACAAAUAAGUAACUCCUUUAAAAGAAUUGCUAAAGAAAUCAGAGAUGCUUGA